UUUUCCAAUAACAGAAUCAAAUUGAUCAGAUAGUGUAUAUAAUAUAUAUUAAUAUAUAAUAUUUACAAUUAUUUUCUGUUCGUCGUUACGUGUUAAUUGUACCUGUUAAAAUGUUACCGGACUUCUUAUGUAGACCACUGAUCAUGUUAUUUGGCAUAUUAUAUCCAGGAUAUAUGUCAUACAAAGUGCUCAAGACAAAGCGAUCAACAAAUUAUGGUAUAUGGCUAAUGUAUUGGAUAACCUUUUCGAUGUUCACUUCAGUAGAGACCAUAACAGACAUAUUUAUUGGUCCUUGGUUGCCAUUUUACAAUGAGCUGAAGCUAUUGUUUCUUUACAUGACUUAUCCAACCUCGGACAGCUCUCUAACUUAUGUGUACAAAAAUAUUAUAAGUCCAUUUAUAAAACGACAUGAAAAGGAUAUUGAUGCUCAAAUAAGCAAUUUUAAGAGUGGUGGCUUACAGACCUUGAUGAUAACAGGCAAAAAGUGUACCAAUAUUUUCUUAAAGCUGGCUAUAAAAGCUUUCCAAAUUUAUGGGAUACAAGCAGUUCAGUUACAAAAUAUUAGUAUGAAUAUAGAUACAACUUUGGUUGAGAAUAGCGAACCAGAUGGAGAUAUUAAUUGGGAAGAAGUCAUUAAUGAUUCGGAAGACGACACUUCAUUCAAGAUGACUAGUUCUUCAGAAUCUAUAACUUCUUUAGUAAGAGAGGAACCACCUGAAUAUUCCUUCUCAGACAUGUAUGGAAAUGCACAGACAAAAGACAAUGGAAUAACAUAUGAUCCACCGUCAUCUAACACACGAAGAAGAAAAAAAGCACCUUGAAAUACAAACUUAAAUGUAUUCAUGUAAUUAUCUGAUAUAAACAAAUUGCAUACAGUUUUUUUAAUAUGUGUAAUUAAUGUUAUUUUUUAUACAAUACUUUUUAUAAUAGUUGAUCUCUUUUUUCAUUAAACAUAUUGUUAUACUGCAUACUAUUAAGUUUUAUCUUUUUAUACUUUUUUAUAUGUAAACAUAAAUAUUACAAUACAUAUUGGACGUAUAUCGAUCGUUAUUAAAUUGUACACAUUAUGCUUUAAAUCUGGGAUCACACGGCGCGUCGCGUGGAGUGUAGAGUGGUCAGCGGUAUAGUGCGGUACAAUUGACCGUCUAAUUCGUGUUGUGCGGCAAAAUAUGUAUGCGCGGUCGCAUCUCUUCCCAACAAUUGUCAGUCUCUGUAUCCCACGCCAAAGGAAAAUUGGUGCGGCGCGUCUUAUUCAAUCUAACGGUGCAUCGGUUUUAUUGUGCGCGGCAUUGACCUAUAAACUAUAUUAAAAGUUAUAACUAACUUAGUUAAUAGGUCUAUGGUGUGCGGUAUAUAUACACGCUCACGCGCUGUGUAAUCCCGGCUAUAUUUAAUACAACUCGUAGGUUAAAAUUUUUAUGUUUUAAGCAAUUCAUAAGCAUUUUAAGGUUGUUUUACAUUGUUAUACUGUAUAGAUGUUGUGUCAUCUUAAUAAUUAUUUAGACAUGGAUAUGUCGUAUGGUUGGGGUGUAUCUGUAAUGUAUAACGCUUCUAAUUUUACGAAUGGUUCUUUGUAAGGAAAAUUCUUUAUGACAUUAUUCUGUAGUUUACCUAUAUAAAUAUUAGUAUGAUAACAGAUAAAUAUAUACAUUGAUUCGCAAA